AUGCAGCUCUUCGGUGACGAGCUUUCCUUCCCUGAUCUACUCCGGGAAGCCAGGGAUGCAUUUUCAAAGCUCCCUAAAGAUGAAGCAUGGAUUCCAUAUCCUAUCAAAAUAAGAUUAGAACAGAUGUUGCAGUCUGCCGAAGUAGCAUCCAAUCUGGACGAGCUAAACACUAUCCUUGGCCAGAAUGACCAGUUUGAUGUCAUUGUGUUGAAAAUGGCACUAGAGAUUCUCCCCGUUCACUUGCGUUCUCUGACGAAUGAAAUUGAUAAAGACGCGGCUCCUGCUGAAGAAGCCCCAUACGCAGAGCAGACUCUUGAAGAAGCCCCAUACGCAGAGCAGACUCUUGAAGAACCUACCUACAAAGAGCCAACUCCUGAAGAAGCUCCGUGCGAGGAGGAGAUUCCCUCCGGAACUAUCCGGACUUACGUAGUUAGGGUCUCGCCUGCAGACUUUGCGUUAUAUAAAGAGUGGGAAAAUCUAAGUUAUUCAAAGAAGAAAAUACUGCUCAAGAAGAGCAAGCCUUAUCAAUCUUUGUGGCCUGAGGAAUUUUGA